GUGGCGUGGUGAAAGGUUUCCCGUUGGGAUUUCCGGCCCCCUUGGUCUUCACCUCAUUUUUGAAGAGGGGAGGUGAGUGGAUACUCAACUCUUUCUCUCGCGCUUUUAUUCAGCUUGUUCCUGUUCGUCUAUUCGGGACGGGGGCGGGCAGCCCACAUACAUGAAGAGAAUAAGAGGGCGGGUUUGAAAAGAUUAGAAAUGAGGAGGAUAGGAGGAGCAUUUUUUCCUUCCUUAGUGAAGGCAUUCGGCAUGAAAAUCGUCCCCUAUGAACCUAAAAAUAACUCUGCUUUAGCAAGAGCUAUAGCUUCUAAUUCGGAUUCAGGCUAUUCUCGCCUUCUUGUCUAACCUAAUAAUAACUAAAAUCAAGGAGUUUAUCUGAACGUCAGUUUUCCAUUUCAAAUCUAAAUCUCGUCCAUGCAUAUCUCCACAUUACGGCAUAUCCCAACAUCUCGGCGUCUCGUCGGCGAUCUUAGCUGCUUCUUCGUUCGCUACUAAAUGAAAUAGUCAAUUCCAAUGUACCCAGAAAGAGAAAACAAUGAAUCCCGCUGGAGUGUUAGAACAUACGAAUAAUGUUGUAACCUCCGAAUCACUAUAUCCGUAGACAUCUACGAAUGAAGAAAGAUCUCCGACAGUACGACAUCGUAGACAGUAAGAUGUCGUUCAAGAGCGUUUGCCGAAAUGCUAGCCGUUGGAGUCUUUGACUCCUGGAAUGUUUGACUAUUGAGUUUGUCCCCAAUGUCGAAUUUCGUUUUUGUACUGCCGGGUGGCCUCCACCUAUUCCUUUCUCGUGAGCUUCCUUUCCCGUGUAGAGGCGCCUAUUCGUGUUUAGCCCUAUAUUGACUCAUUUUUUUUAUUGAGUGGAAAAGCUCUCGAGUUGGACGUCCCAUCCGUACUUUAGAAGCGGCCAGCUAAACCAGAACCAGACUUUUUAUAAUGAAUCCGAUCACGCGAAAAACAAAUAUCAUAAGAGAAGAUGCCAAAAGACCUCUCUUUGUCGAUGCUAUCACCCUUCUACUCCCAUCGGAGUUCUUCCAUUGAUUGCCUUCCAACUCUAACAUCUGACGAAGGCCUUUGGUCCUCUCACCUGCCUUGCUUGCCUUCGAACAUGGAUUCGUACAAGAUCCCUCUUUGGUCUAGGCUUGCUACUUCGUUCUGGGCUGGCCUCCUCAUUCGAAGAUGGAGAGGCCCUUCGCAAUGUAUGAGACGACGUCCUUCUUACCAGAGCUCGGGCAAGCCUUCUUUUAUUGACAUCGAGGCGGGGAAAGAUUGGCUUUAUUUCUUAUCAUACGAUAUUUCUUGUCCGAAGAGAAAGCAAGCUAUUGCGAAUCCAAUUCGUGCGUAGUUGUUGUCCAACCUCUCAAGAUUCACCCUUGCACGUACCUUUCAUUCCUGAAUAGGAUUUCUCUCCUUCUAUCGCUUACAUUUCGUUCUCUCAUGGGGCUCCAUGCACGCACACAAGCAUUCUCUAUUUGUUCUCUUUUAUCGGGCCAAUGCGGCACAUUUCGUCGGAUCGUUCUGCCGCGGAGUCUUCCGUUGAUCUCUACACACGUGCGGGUACUUCACUUUUGAUUUUGCACUAAGUUACUUACGUUACGGUCUUCAGCAGGCAGGCUUAUACCAUUAUGCUCACGAGCAUAAUCUUUGAAAUUGUCAUUUAUUCACUUAAGGAAGACUGAUAUAGAGGCUUUUCCCGCAAUCGGAUGUGAGUGGGUCUUGGAAGGAGGUGUGGUCCCCAAUCUCCUAAGCAAAUGUUGUCGUGUCCCCUUCAUCGGGAAGAGAAAAUCAAGAUAGAAUGCCGAUCCUCAAAGAUGAGAAGCGGCUCGCGCCUAUCUAUAGUAAGGCCCUCCGCAGGAUGAAUUCUUUUCCCUUCACAAGGGAGGGGUCUGCUAAUGGAACCUUUUCCUUUCCACUCACUAUAAGAAAAUCCAAUCGUCUCGGGGAUUACUACUUUGCUCUUCCUACCACCCACACCCGUACAUGCUGCUUUCUAGUCUUCUCCACCUAAAACGGUAACGGUUGUUGGUGUCCG